AUGGCCAAGGAAGACUUACACCGCGCCAAAAGGGAGGAAAUGAGGUUAAGGGCAGAAGAGGAGGUGGCUGGUAUACGGGUGCCAAUUUCUACUCGGAGCCAGACUGGCGGCUUAAGUUCGUCCGUUCUGCCCGGUGCGCAGGAUAACCUUUGUGCGGCUGCGCUCUCUCAGCGCGUACACAAGAGCCUGGAUGGAAUAUCACAUGUUGCCAAAAACUCCGGCCAUCUAAAAGGCACCUUCGUGAAGGCAUUAAAGGACGCCACCGCAUCUAUAAAAGAAACAGUCGAUUGCCUUUUAGAGCGCACUUCUACGGAAGAAACAAGGCGACUGCAGGCACAAAACGACGCCCUGCGAGCUCAGUUGACUGAGCUUAAAUCAGAGAUGACCCAGCUGAGAGCGGACUUUCGGGACCAGUUCAGGCGAACGUCCCCAGUUCCGUCUCAGCCAAAAGAAAAUACACAGCCGGCCAGUACCUCCCGCAAGGGUGCUGCAAAGGUUUCUAGCAUGGAAGAAAAUAUGAUGCGAACUAUGACGGCCCAGAUAGGACUGAUGCUGGAUGCGAGGCUAGGAGCCUUGGGGCUAGAGGGCAGGCUGCUGCCAGCCCAAACUAUGCGGCCACCCUUGGCCCACGACCGGCGUGCGGAGCGAGCUACGUCUCUCCACUCCGGACCGACUGGACAAGACACGUGCACUGAACUCACAACAGGCACCCAGCCUGAUUCUAUAGCGGGAACGGUGGCGGUUGCUUCCCCUGCCUCUUCAGGCAGUAAACAGGGAGCCAAACCGAAACCAAGGCACAAGAAAACUACUCUUGCUGCUAACGAAGCGGCCACAGCUAGAGAGCUACCCCAGGAAACACCAACGCCUGCUGCGGCACCUCUGCGUGAAAACUGGAAAGACGCGUUGGGCAAGAAGGCCAAAAAGGCGGUCAAGAAACCAACAGCUGCGAAAACGUCCAAAACGCACGCGCCUAAGUCAGCACAUAAAAGAAAACUCAGGCCUCCGCGCACUGCAGUCACUCUCACAUUGAAGCCGGAAGCUGUGGAAGCUGGAGCUAAAUAUGAGACGGUUUUGGCUGAAGCCAAGAAACGCAUAAACCUGGAGGAUCUCGGGAUUUCCGCUGUUCGCUUCCGAACAGUAGCUACUGGAGCUCGAAUGCUGGAGCUUCCUCCGGACACGAAAGAAGCGGAAAUCGCGGCGGAUGCUCUAGCUGAGAAACUGCGGGAGGUUCUCGACCCUAAUGUGGUCCACAUCCAACGACCCGUGAAAUGUGCUGACAUCCGUGUCACGGGACUGGAUGAUUCAGCGAUCGCUGAAGAAGUCGUAGCGGCCGUGGCUAAGCUCGGGAACUGCGCUGUUGAGGCCGUCAAGUCCGGUGUGAUUGCGCGUAGCCACAAUGGCUCUGGGUCGCUCUGGUUGAGCUGCCCUGUGGCUGCUGCCACAAAAGUUGUGGAUGCGGGUCGGCUCAAAGUAGGUUGGAUUUCGGCGCGCGUAAUACUUUUGGACGCUAAACCCCUUAGGUGUUACCGUUGUCUGGAGACGGGCCACGUUGGUGCCAAGUGCGACAAGGGGGUCGACCGGAGCAACCUCUGUUAUCGUUGUGGGGAACCCGGACACAAAUCGCGCGAGUGUGUGGGCGUCAUGCCGAAUGUUUUAUGUAUUUAUUAUUGA